AUGGAUUCUGAGUCAUUGCUUCAUUGCAUGGAUAUGGUGAAGAUGGUUGGCCAAUUAAUGGUUCGUCGAGACUUGGGGUUGGAAAUAAUACAUAAUGAAAGAUCAAGUUUGUAUGUCAAUUUAUUUACUGAUCAGUUAGCAGUAGUGAGAGAAUCUUUGAUGAUAGAGGAAGUUGGUCCCCAGCCACCACAUAAAUGGUUAACUCUACCAGACAUGGGUUACGUGAUAGCGAAUCGUUAUAAUGUUGUACUUGUCUGUUUAGGAAUUGAAUGCUGGACUUUCUUCCCUAUGACAUCUUCAUUUUCACCGAAUGUAGCAAUUUACUGCAUUGGUUUUGUAAACAUAAAUCAUUGGGUUCAGGUAAACAUGAAAGAAGGGUUUCCAUUACCACCAGUGACAGUAGAUUGGAAGAAGUUUCGUUCUCCAGCAGCAACAUCUUGGAUGAUAGGAUUUUCAGGACGUCUACAACAUUGGCAACAACUUAUGCCUAUAUUACCAACGCAUUUUGAAUUAUAA